AUGUCAGACGACGAGUACAUGUCCCCCAUCGACGUCGAGCGCGACGACGCCGACGAUGAUUAUCUGCCAUCGUCAGCAGCCCAAGCGACGACCAGCGCAGUUCAAGUCCUCCAAGAUUCGCCCAAGGUGCCCAAGAAGCGUGGCAGAAAGCCCGUUUCGAAUCCGUCGAUCCGCAACGCAAGAGAGGCCGCUCGCAAGGCAAAUCAUUCGGUUAUAGAGAAGAAACGCCGCGAAAAGAUCAACCAAGCCUUGACUGAACUCCGUACACUCGUGCCAUCUUCAGACGACGGUCAGACGUCUCCAUCUACCAAUGGAUCAAAGGACUUUAAGCUUGAAGUUCUUGUCCGCACCGUGACCCAUCUUAAAAGGCUCAAUGCCCGACUACAAACGUUGGAGGCGGCUGCAAGAUAUGCUCGCCAAUCGGCUACCACUUCCUCCAGCGGCUCCGUUCAAUCUUCGGAUCAAAUCCAGUCUCCACGAGUAGAACUUCCGCCAGUGUCCUCCCUGCUCGUCGGUCUUCCUUCACCUCCUGCGUCAGGCUCCCUCACCUCUACUCUCCCUUCCCUCGACGUCCCACCCCUCUUGUUACCUGCACCAACAUUUACAGAAGAUGCCGCUCACUCCUCUCCGGUUACGCGCCACCGUCGCGACCAGCAGACCGCCUAUUCUUUGCUGAGUUUGUCGGCACGAGACAAUGCGGCAACAUCCAGUGAGCUCUUGGGCGUUUCCCAGACGCCAAGCUCGCUCCUCAAUUUGGCUUCACAUUCGGACAGACGAGCUCGCAUCUGA